AUGGACCUUCCUACAUCUCAACAGGAUGUUCCCGACGUCAACGACUGUUCGCUUAUUCUAAUGCUUCAUGAUGGUGCAUGUGGUGCUUUUCGGAAUGAUCUCACCUGUAAGGUGCAUGCCGAUUUGGAUGAUGGAGAUAGUGUGGCCCCUAUCACUAAUGUGGCAGCCAGUGUAACAAGGACACAACUGCUAUUAGCUCACAAUGAUGACUACAAUGACCCUGUGUUAGGUACUGUGUCCCACACUGUCGAUAUCUGGAUGUCGAUGAACGACAGGGCAGCAGAGUGUAGAAAUGGGUCCAACCAGUGA